UGCACUAUUAAGUAAAUGAAAUUAUAUUUAAUUUUGCGCUCUUUCGCAGGCUAUCUGCUGGGGAAUUUCGUCUCGGAGCGCAAAUAUCAAAUGCGACUGAAUAAAGCAGGUGGCAAAGGAGCUGGACCGCCACACACUAUAGACAUUUCCAGUGAUGACUAUGCAAAGCUUAAAGAAAUCAAUGCUUAUCAAAAGAACAAAGAUAAAUUAUUAAGCUCAGCGCAAGCGUUGAGUAAACUUGUGCAACGUGAUCAAAGCAAUCCGGCGAGUUCCAUUAAUUCGGAUAUAUUCAACAAAUACAUAUCUUGCACGCAGGACAUUCCGCCCAGCACCACUAUGGAGUCUAGCCUAUUUAUUGAACAGUUAGUGGAUAAUACGGCGGCAAGGCAACGUGAUUGUCUGCGUGUAAUACAACUGAUUAUUGAUAACCAUAUGACUGGUGGAGCGAACUGAAGGGGGCCAGAGAAGAAGUGCUAAUUUUAAAUUUAA